UCUCUCUCUCUCGCUCGCUCUCAUGACUUUUCGAUUUAAGUCAGCGUCUCGUGCUUUCAUAUUUGUCCAAUUUUCAUUUAUAUAUUAAAGUUGUUACGAGUUCGACUUUUAUUUCAUUUUCGUUCGAAACCCAUCUCUUGUCUGUUCAUUCCCUUAUCUUUGUCUGUCUCUGUCUCUCUCGCUCUCGCACGGGGAUAGACAAAAGGACUUCCCGUUGAAUCCAAGCUCUAGAAGAGAGAGUAGGCAACAAGCUCGACUGCUUGCAGUUGACGGAGAAGUCAUCACACUCUCUGUUGCUCAAGGAGAUUAAAAAAGCCGUCACUUUUUUUUUUUUUGCUUUGUCUCUUCUCUGUAGCUCUGUAGCUCUGUAGCGCUUCUGUGAUCAGAACUUGUUGCGUGAGUGAGUGUUUAGGAGUAUGGAUGGAAGCGAGUCAGAUGACAGCUCUCAGAUCGAGCGAGGCGUAGACCAUAUCUACGAAGCAUUCAUCUGCCCCUUGACAAAAGAAGUCAUGCACGACCCCGUCACGCUAGAGAACGGACGAACAUUCGAGCGCGAAGCCAUCGAGAAAUGGUUCAAGAAAUGCCACGACGGUGGUAAACCUCCGUCUUGCCCUUUAACUUCUCAGACGCUGAGCAGCGCCGACGCGAGCCCCAGCAUAGCUCUGCGCAACACCAUAGAAGAGUGGAGAUCGAGGAACGACGCCGCGAAGCUCGACGUCGCUCGCCAGGCCCUGUUUCUAGGGAACGACGAGAGCGAUGUUCUGCAGGCUCUGGCGAACGUGAGGCAGAUCUGCAGGAGCAUACGUUCGAGCAUGGGAGGCGUGCGGAACUCUCAGCUUAUACGUAUGAUCAUCGACGUGUUGAAAAGCAACAGCCAUAUAGUGAGGUAUAAGGCUUUGCAGACGCUUCGAGUCGUCGUCGAAGGAGACGAGGAGAGCAGGGCGAUGCUAGCCGAAGGGGACACCGUGCGUACGCUGGUUAAGUUCUUGUCGCACGAGCCGUCGAAAGGGAAGGAGGCAGCUGUUUCGUUGCUGUUUGAGCUCUCCAAGUCUGAAGCUCUGUGCGAGAAGAUUGGUUCGGUUAAUGGAGCGCUUAUCUUGCUGGUUGGUCUUACGAGCAGCAACUCGGUGAACGUGUCUAUUGUUGAGAAAGCUGAUAGAACGUUGGAGAACAUGGAGAGGUCUGAGGAAGUUGUUAGGCAGAUGGCUUCUUAUGGUCGGCUCCAGCCUCUUCUAGGCAAAAUCCUCGAAGGUUCACCUGAAACCAAACUCUCCAUGACAACCUUUCUUGGGGAGCUCUCUUUAAACAACGACACGAAGGUUGUCGUAGCUCAGACAGUUGGUUCUUCGCUAGUCGAUCUUAUGAGAAGCGGCGACAUGCCUCAGCGAGAAGCUUCCCUGAGAGCUCUCAACAACAUCUCGUCCUUCGAAGGGAGUGCAAAAGUUUUGAUCAGCAUAGGGAUAUUCCCUCCGCUCAUCAAAGACCUCUUCUACGUGGGACCGAACAACCUCCCCAUCCGGUUGAAAGAAGUCUCGGCCACUAUCCUCGCCAACAUAGUCAACACCGGAUACGACUUCGACAAAGCCACCACUCUUUUCUCAGACAACAGAGUCGAGAAUCUCCUCUACCUGAUCAGCAACACUGGCCCAGCCAUCCAGUGCAAGCUCCUGGAGGUUCUCGUCGGACUAACCACCUGUCAGAAAACAGUCGAACACGUCGUCUCCGCGGUUAAAACCUCGGGCGCGAUCAUCAGUUUGGUUCAGUUCCUCGAGGUCAGAGAGAACGACGAUCUUCGUCUCGCUUCCAUAAAGCUUCUCCACAACCUCUCUCCAUUCAUGAGCGAGGAGCUGGCCGGCGCGCUGCGCGGCACUGCCGGCCAGCUCGAUAGCCUCGUGGCCAUCAUCGCGGAGAAGACGCCGAUCUCCGAAGAGCAGGCCGCGGCGGCGGGGCUGUUAGCCGAGCUUCCGGAGAGGGACUCGGCGCUGACUCGGGACAUGUUGAGCGUCGGUGCGUUCGAGAAAAUCGUCUCCAAAGUGGUCGGGAUACGACAAGGGGAGAUCAGAGGGAUGAGGUUCGAGAGGAACUUUCUUGAAGGGCUCGUGCGUAUACUCUCCAGGAUUACGUUCGCCUUCGGGGACGAGGCUCGAGCCGUUACGUUUUUUUGCCGUGAGUACGACGUCGCUUCUCUGUUCAUUCAGCUGCUUCAGUCCAACGGUCAAGACAGUGUCCAGAUGGUUUCGGCAACGGCUUUAGAGAAUCUUUCGCUAGAGUCUAUUAACUUAUCGCACAUGCCUGACCUGCCUCCUCCGAGCUGUGGCUCCAUUUUUUCGUGUAUGAGCAGACCGCCCGUUGUGACGGGUCUUUGCAAGAUCCACCACGGAGUAUGCUCGUUAAAAGAAACGUUCUGCCUCGUGGAAGGAGAAGCCGUGGAGAAGCUAGUGGCGUUACUAGACCAUGAGAACGAUAAAGUGGUUGAGGCCUCGCUCGCGGCUCUUUCGAGCUUGUUGGAAGACGGGUUGGAUGUGGAGAAAGGGGUGAAUAUACUCGACGAAGCCGACGGGAUAAGGCAUGUGCUGAACGUUCUGACGGAGAACAGAACGGAGAAGCUGACGAGGAGAGCGGUUUGGUUGGUGGAAAGGAUCUUGAGGAUGGAAGACAUUGCGAGAGAGGUCGCGGAACAGCCGAACGUGAGCGCUUCGCUUGUGGACGCUUUUCAGAACGGCGAUUUUAGGACGAGGCAAAUCGCUGAGAACGCGUUGAAACAUAUAGACAAGAUCCCGAACUUCUCGGGUAUAUUCCCGAACAUGGCUUAGGUUGGUGGGGAGAGAUGUCUUUUUUACUCUGUCCAGUGAGUUUUUAGUGAUUUAAAAAAAAAACUUUUUUGAGGGUAUAUGUUGUAAAUUUCGAUUCUUGUUUGCGUGUGAUGUAAGCUAUUUGAUUUGCUUGUUUAUAUCGUACGCUGGAAAUUGGAAUCAUUUGAUCGGUCUUA